CCCCGCAACCAACUCGCGCGCAGGUCGACUCGACCAAUGUUUUGUGUUUACCCUCACUUCCGCGUUCGAAAUACGACUUUCGCUCUGUAAACAGUUCGUGUUCUUUUAUUGAACAUUUUAAUAUAAUCUGUGUUAAUUCCACUAUUUGCCUUCCAAUCUAGCCAGUGUCAAAGAGAUUCUUUUAAACUUCCUAGGGAUGUCCUGUAAUUAGAGCCUACUCUGGACAAGAUGGGUGCGCAAAAGAGCACGCGCCACUGGUUGGUAUUGAUGCUGACAGUGGUUGCGUUCAUCGCCAGCUCGUUAUGUAACCCUGAUGUGUACUACGAAAAACAACGUUAUGAUGGCUGGUUCAACAACAGAGCAUACCCUGAUUGGGGAUCAGUGGGUAGUCGACUGACGCGCAAGUCACCCGCCGCGUACGCCGACGGUGUUUACAUGAUGGCGGGAGCUGACAGACCAGGUGCCCGCACUCUAUCCAAACUGUUCAUGCGGGGUCAAGAUGGGCUACCUUCGCUUGCCAAUCGCACCGCGUUGUUGGCUUUCUUUGGACAAGUGGUAACUGGUGAGAUAGUGAUGGCUUCAGAAUCCGGUUGCCCCAUCGAGCAUCAUCGCAUUCCGGUGGAUAAGUGUGAUCAUAUGUACGAUCCUGAUUGCCAGGGAGCCAAGUACAUGCCAUUCCUGAGAGCCGCUUAUGAUAGAGCUACAGGGCAGAGUCCGAAUAGUCCUAGGGAACAGAUAAACCAAAUGACAUCAUGGAUCGACGGCAGCUUCGUUUACAGCACGAGCGAGGCGUGGGUGAAUGCAAUGAGGUCAUUUCAGAAUGGAAGCUUGGCUAGUGAAGGAGGCAUGCCUCUUCGCAACACAAAGCGAGUGCCUUUAUUCAACAACCCAGUGCCGCACUACAUGAGAAUGCUGAGCCCUGAAAGACUUUUCUUAUUGGGAGACCCAAGAACAAACCAAAAUCCAGCGAUGGUGACAUUUGGUAUCCUGCUCCUACGAUGGCAUAACGUAGUAGCAGAGCGCGUACACCGUCAGCAUCCAGACUGGAGUGACGAACAACUAUUUCAGCGAGCCAGACGAAUUGUCAUUGCCAGUUUACAAAACAUCAUACUUUACGAGUACGUUCCAUCCUUUCUUGGAGUUCCAUUACAACCAUACCAAGGAUACAAAGCUGAAGUGGCUCCAGGAGUGACACACGCUUUCGCUGUUGCUGCGUUCAGAUUUGGUCAUACUCUUGUCCCACCAGCUAUUCUAUUAAGAGAUAGGAACUGCCGAUACGGAAGAGCUCCAGGAGGUCAUGAUGCUAUAAGAUUGUGUCAAACUUGGUGGGAUGGUAAUGAUGUUAUGUCACAAGUGCCUAUUGAAGAAGUCCUCAUGGGCAUGUCCUCCCAACUCGCUGAACGCGAAGACGCGCUACUUUGCUCUGAUGUUCGAGACAAUUUGUUUGGCCCUAUGGAAUUUUCGAGAAGAGAUCUUGGAGCUUUAAACAUUAUGAGAGGAAGAGAUAAUGGUCUUCCUGAUUAUAACACUGCUAGAGAAUACUUCGGUCUUCCAAAAAUUAAGACCUUCAAUGAAAUCAAUCCUAAUCUUUUUGAGAAGAACCCAGACUUAUUACAAAAACUGAUUCAGGCUUACGACGGUAGACUUGAUAACAUUGAUGUUUACAUCGGUGGUAUGUUAGAAUCAACUGGACAUCCAGGAGAACUAUUCAGAGCCAUAAUAAUAGAUCAAUUUACAAGAAUACGAGAUGCGGACAGAUUCUGGUACGAAAAUUAUAAAAAUGGAAUUUUUACACCUGACGAAAUCGAAGAGCUCCGUCGCAUUACACUUUGGGACAUAAUCGUAAACAGUACAGCUGUAGGGCCGAACGAUAUACAACGCGAUGUCUUUCACUGGAGUGCUGGAGAUCCGUGCCCACAACCUUACCAACUCAAUGCCUCUAAGUUGCCUCCUUGCAAAUAUUUGAAAGGAUAUGAUUAUUUUGAGGGUAACGAAUUUGCCUACAUCUACAUAUGCCUCAUAUUAGGUUUUGUUCCCAUUUUGUGUGCUGGAGCUGGAUACGGAGUAGUAAAAUUACAGAACAGUAGAAGAAGAAAACUCAAAAUUCAACAAGAACAUCUGAAAAAUGCACAAUACAAAGGAUCAUCAACAGUAGAUAAAAUGGUCUGUCGAGAAUGGGUGCAUGCAUCUCAUAAGAGACUAGUGAAAUUGAGGCUAGGACCUGAACCAGCUCUGAACGUCACUGAUCGCAAAGGAGAUAAAUUGCGGACUGUGCCUUUGGAUCACACAGAUCAGCUAACGGUUCUUGAAAGCCAGGAAGGUCGUCAUAACAAACGUCCUCUUGUUCUUAUUCGAGUACCUCGCGAACAUGAUUUAGUAUUGGAAAUGGAUUCGGUAGCGUCACGACGCAAGUUUCUUGUUAAACUGGAUACAUUCCUUGCUCAACAUAAGAAAGCCCUCAAUCUUAGUCAGGGUCAUCGCGAACAAAUUUUGGCUACAGCAGAAACACGAGAAAGAAGACAACGCAAACUAGAGCAUUUUUUCAGAGAAGCUUAUGCUAUUACAUUUGGACUGGCUCCUGGCGAAAAAAGAAGAAGAUCAGAAAAUGCUGACCCUGAGUCCAUCGUAAUGCGAACCUCACUAUCGAAGAGUGAAUUUGCUAGUGCACUUGGGAUGAAAGCUGAUGCUGUGUUUGUAAAAAAGAUGUUCAAUAUUGUAGAUAAAGACAGCGAUGGGAGAAUUUCCUUUCAGGAAUUUUUGGACACAGUAGUGUUAUUCUCUAGAGGUGCAACAGAAGACAAACUUCGUAUAAUUUUCGACAUGUGUGAUAACGAUAGAAAUGGAGUCAUCGACAAAGGAGAGUUAAGUGAAAUGCUGAGAUCGCUAGUAGAAAUUGCAAGAACCACAAGUCUUAGAGACGAACACGUCACGGAAUUGAUUGAUGGAAUGUUUUCUGACGCAGGGCUUCAACAUAAAGACCAUCUCACAUAUUCGGAUUUCAAAGUGAUGAUGAAAGAAUACAAAGGAGAAUUUGUAGCUAUUGGACUUGACUGUAAGGGUGCGAAACAGAACUUCUUAGACACUUCCACUAACGUUGCAAGAAUGACAAGUUUUCAUAUUGAACCUUCCAUGGAACAAUCAAGGCAUUGGCUCCUUUUAAAAUGGGAUUACCUCACAACAUUUUUGGAAGAGAACAGACAAAACAUCUUCUACUUAUUUGUCUUUUACGUCGUAACUAUUGGCUUGUUUGUGGAAAGAUUUGCCCACUAUUCGUUCAUGUCUGAGCACUUAGAUUUGAGACACAUCAUGGGUGUGGGCAUUGCUAUAACUAGAGGAUCAGCGGCUUCUCUAUCGUUCUGCUACAGUUUGCUACUGUUAACAAUGUCUAGGAACUUGUUAACAAAGUUAAAAGAAUUCAGUAUACAACAAUACAUUCCUCUCGAUUCAAGCAUUCAGUUCCACAAAAUUGUAGCUUGCACAGCCCUUUUUUUCUCUCUUCUCCACACUGCCGGACACAUGGUGAAUUUCUACCACGUAUCAACACAACCUGUAGAAAAUUUACGAUGUCUUACAAAGGAAGUCCACUUUACGUCAGAUUUCAAACCAGGAAUUACAUAUUGGGUAUUCCAGACUGUCACAGGUAUAAGUGGAGUUCUGCUAUUCAUAAUAAUGUGCAUAAUCUUCAUAUUUGCACAUCCAGUAAUACGCAAGCGUGCGUAUCCGUGGUUCUGGCGUGCUCAUUCUUUGCAUGUGGCUCUGUAUGCUCUUUGCCUAGUUCAUGGAUUGGCUAGGCUUACAGGAGCACCUCGUUUUUGGAUAUUCUUUAUGGGACCAGCUAUUAUUUAUAUUUUAGACAAGGUCGUAUCUCUACGCACGAAAUACUUAGCUCUGGACGUUCUUGAAACUGAAAUGUUACCGUCAGAUGUUAUAAAAAUCAAGUUCUACAGACCACCAAACUUGAAAUAUUUAUCAGGUCAAUGGGUGCGAUUGGCAUGUACAGCAUUCAAAAAGGAAGAAUUCCAUUCCUUCACUCUGACUUCAGCCCCACAUGAAAACUUCCUCUCAUGUCAUAUCAAAGCUCAAGGUCCUUGGACGUGGAAGUUGAGGAACUAUUUUGAUCCUUGCAAUUAUAACCCUGAGGAUCAACCUAGAAUCAGAAUACAAGGUCCAUUCGGAGGCGGCAACCAAGACUGGUACAAGUUCGAGGUCGCUGUGAUGGUGGGCGGCGGCAUCGGCGUCACGCCUUAUGCCUCCAUUCUCAAUGAUCUGGUCUUUGGCACUUCCACGAACAGAUACUCUGGAGUAGCAUGUAAAAAGGUAUACUUCCUAUGGAUCUGUCCUUCGCACAAGCACUUCGAAUGGUUCAUCGACGUGCUACGCGACGUGGAGCGCAAAGACGUUACCAACGUGCUUGAGAUACACAUCUUCAUCACACAGUUCUUCCACAAGUUCGAUCUUAGAACUACUAUGCUGUAUAUCUGCGAGAAUCACUUCCAACGCCUAUCUCGCACUUCAAUGUUCACCGGGUUGAAAGCGGUAAACCAUUUUGGACGACCAGACAUGUCCUCCUUCCUUAAAUUCGUUCAAAAGAAACAUAGCUAUGUAUCAAAAAUCGGAGUAUUCUCGUGCGGUCCACGACCACUGACAAAGUCCAUAAUGUCAGCAUGCGAGCAAGUGAACCGGACACGACGGCUUCCCUACUUCAUACAUCAUUUCGAGAACUUCGGAUAACUUCCUAUGUGCAACUUCUCGUGCACAAAACAAAUGAAAUCUAGUGAUUUUAAUUUAUUUUAAAAGAAACUCAUAAGCUCUGCGAAGCUUAUAUGUUUAGUUCAUUUGAUAUUGUUUGAUGCUGUUAUAGUAUAAUUUCAAGUGCUACCUACUUAUUUCAACGGUCAUAAACAUUUUUAGUUUCAUUUGUUGGGGGUAAAAAUAUUUUUGUUACAUACCUAUCCAGCAUUGUGUUGCAUCAUGAUUAUAUUCAAAAUUUAUUUUUGUAAGUAAGCUUCCUUUGAGUUUCUUUCAAUGGAUUACAUUAAUAGCAACCUACUUAUAUUUAGUUUAAUCAUUUACAUUCCAAACGAAUUCUAAAGGCUAUUAGAUAAGGCGCAUCAUUGUAUCUUAGUAAAAAUUUUGCUUAGUUUUUUUCACAAGUUAGUUACCUACUCCUAAUUAUUUAUUUUUAGCUUUUACAAAACUAUUUUUGUAUUAUCCGGACACAAUUUAGAGAUUUAGUACAAAAACUAUUGAUAUCUAAUCAUUUUAUGUACAAAAUAAUGAUAUUUAAAUUUUUAGAAAAAUAUUUUAAUACUCAAU